GAACCCCUCCGGCGUCUUCUCUCUGAGACGGAUAUAAUGGGCAUGCUCUUCCCAGAGGCACCCAUAUUUGAUGAGUUGGUCAGACAGUCGUUUCUCCUGCUCAGCCUGCGAUGCUUGACGCGCCAUGGCGCGAGAUACGGAGGAUCGCGCGGUGAGUGGCGCAGAGCGCGUUGGGGGCUUAGACACUCGAUGAGAUGCGCGACGCGACGCAGGCAUAAUGUAAGCAAUGG